ACAGGCUGGGGGCAAUGUCCUGCCACCUCAGAGUUGUUUUACAUUACCAGCUUGCCUGCAUUUAUAAGAAGAACAGACUAUAAAAUACCUCAAUAACAACAUCUCAUCUACAACAGUUGAGCUGAAAAGAAGCCCACUCACCCGGCAUUGUGCUAAUUCCAAGAAAGGACUUCAACCUCCAGGAAAAGGAGAAAAAAAUCCUUCACCUGCCACAUUGCUGCAUGUCAUGGUGCAAUUAAACCCAGAGAUAAAAGAUGGGAUUUUUGACAUGGAUCAAAAGACAAAAUUUUGUCCUGAGCUUUCAGAAGAGUUCCAGCAGUGAAUCUGUACCAGACAGAGAAGUUCACAAGAAAAAAAAGGGUCAUUAUCAUCAAGGUCUUUCAGAUAGUCUGGUUGUGGAUCUCUUUCCCAGGACUGAGCAAAGUAUGGAUUUUACUUCUGUGGGCCAAGCCACUGGCAAGGCAGUUCUGCAGAAAUAUCUUGAAAAAGGAGAAUACCCUUCAUUUCAGUCUAUUGCCAUGUUUGAAAGCAGUUUUGUCCAGGUCACAAGAAGAGGCAGGCAUGUCUUCAUCCACAACUCCUCCAAUGAAGCCAUAAUAGGUAUUGCCUCCACCAACAGCAAGUUGCCAUUGCCCAACCUGAUGUUUAUUGCUCGUCCUGUUGCUGAACAGGUCUCCUCACCAGACUCACAAGCAGAGGAACUGACACUCACCAGACUCCUCCCUUUGAAGUUUGUGCGGAUCUCCAUUUACAAUCCCAAGAAGCAACUCAUCAAAAUCCAGCUGAUCAAUGGGCGCUCUUAUUACCUACAGUUUCAAGCAUCUACUAAGGAAGAGGAGGCUCUGUUUGAACGCUGGUUAUCACUAGUCUAUCUUCUUCAUCAUCCUCCAUCAUGCUAUCUCACACCUCAGCCCAUCUCCCGCUCAGUAACUGAUAGCCUAAGCAUUCAAAUCAUCCCAAGUGAGGAGGAAAUUGAAGAACUCCAGAAAGAAUGCAAAAAUGGAUAUAAAGAAGGAUUCCCAAAAGGAUUUCAAGAAGGGUUCCCAGAAAGAUUUCAAGAAGGGUUUCCAGAAGGAUUGCAAGAAGGAUUCUCAAAGGAAUUCCAAGAAGGAUUCUCAAAAGGAUUCCAAGAAGGUUUCCCAAAAACAUUCCAAGAAGGAUCCCCAAAAGGAUUACAAGAAGAAUUCCAAAAAACAUUCCAAGAAGGAUCCUCAAAAGGAUUACAAGAAGAAUUUCCAAAAACAUCCCAAGAAGGAUUCCAGGAAAGAUUCCAUGAAGAUGUUAAAGAUUCUCCAUUUUCAAAGGUGCAAGAACAAAAACAGAAGGAACCAGAGCAAAAAUCAAUAGUGCACUUGCCAGAGACCACAAAAAUGUCUCCUCAGAGCUUGGUUUUCCCUGAUGAAGAAUAUACUGAGGAUGAGCGGCAAAGAAUUGAGGAGAAACCUAAAAUGACCUAUAGUGAAAUGAAGGAUUUUCUGAAAUCAGAGAGCUAUGAGACCUAUAAGAGUGAAACUCCAAGACCUUCCAGGAAAUUCACCACAAGCAGUUUUGUAACAGGCAGUUUUUCCAUGACUUCAAGUUCAUCUUCACAGCCACCAUUACCACGAAAAUUCCCAGUCCCCAAAAAAGAAGGAAGCAGCAGUCUUAAUAUAGUCACGCUUUUUUCCAUUGUCUCCAAAACAAUUGAUGAGGGGAAAAAUCAAAAGAACAAAAACUAAAGACAGUUGAAAGAAACUCAAUCACUGCAGUGGAAGUAAAGGAGAAUGUGAGCACCCACAACAACAAAAAAGAUCCAUUAAAGAGGGAAAGACAGAAUAAUUGCCUGAUGACUUUUGACUGAUGGAUGCUUCAAAUAGUUCUAAUCUUAAAAUGUAAAUGAAGAUUGCAGAGUUAAUUGGAUGGUGUUCU